UAUACACACACACACACUUCUUCUCCCCUCACCCUUUCCUAGCCAAAGCUUGUAACUACUUGGAAGUAUUUAAAGACUUCCAGAUCCUAGCUUAAGCUAUUCAAAAAGACACAGGAGGCAAGGGGAUACAACUCAUCCUGGUGUCAUUGCAAACCAGCUGAAAGUUUCAAGGAUGCCAAACUGGGGAGGUGGAGCCAAAUGUGGUGCGUGUGACAAGACUGUCUACCAUGCUGAAGAAAUCCAGUGUAAUGGCCGUAGUUUUCAUAAGACGUGCUUCCAUUGCAUGGCCUGCCGAAAAGCUCUGGACAGUACGACAGUAGCAGCCCACGAAUCUGAAAUCUACUGCAAAACUUGUUAUGGGAGAAAAUAUGGGCCGAAAGGGAUUGGCUUUGGACAAGGUGCAGGCUGCCUCAGCACAGACACCGGAGAGCAUCUUGGGCUGGAUCUACAGCACUCACCAAAGCCAGCUCGUCCUUCCACUCCUACCAACCCUUCAAAGUUUGCCAAAAAAAUUGGCGAUGUUGAUAAAUGCCCUCGUUGUGGGAAGUCAGUGUAUGCUGCAGAGAAGAUAAUUGGAGGAGGAAAGCCAUGGCACAAGACAUGCUUCCGAUGUGCUUUCUGUGGGAAGAGUCUAGAGUCUACAAAUGUCACAGAUAAAGAUGGAGAGAUUUACUGUAAAGUUUGCUAUGCAAAGAAUUUUGGUCCUAAAGGAAUUGGAUUUGGUGGCCUCACUCAAGUUGAACAGGCUUAGGCUUGUCCGAAUAGUAACACAUGAUCAAGAACAUAUUAAGAACACUUUUUUUCAUCUGAAGAAGUACUCUCCUUUCUUCCACAAGUUUUGUAGAAUGGUGCAGGAAAGCUUGAUGUGAGAGGUAGUGUAGAAAAAACAUUUACUUUCUUAACAACUACUGUUGAGUAUCUUAAUUUAUGGACUGUUCACAAAUAAUUUCAGAAUUACUACCUAUUUUAAAUAAUAGCAGCACUGGAUAACUGUGUAUAGGAUACCACUAUAAAGACUAUUGUUUUUACAUCAAUGUUAAAUAAACAGAGCCAGCAUGGUGUAGUGGUUAAGAGCGGUAGAC